AUGCACAUCCCCCCCGCCGCCUUGUCCUCCAACAUUAGCCCCCACCGCACGCGGUCUAAAAUCAUUCGUACCAUCAUGUCGUGGCGACAAACGUUUGCCGAGCCGUACAUGUCGACCAAGGACCCUCAUCUCCAGCGAUGGACAUCAAACGCGGCUGGCGGUGGCAUGCCCGUGGCCAACGACAGUCGGUUCGUCGGGGUGGAAGAAACGUUUCAGGUGGGCGCGUUGCGCCACGCCGCCGCCCUCGCCGAAGUGGACGACACCGACAAAACCAGCGUAUCGGAUCGUUCGGAACGGAUCCGCUCAUCACUGGCGGCCAACUGCGAGCUUGUUUGCCUGAAAACCCUUGUGUGUACUUGUAUUCUGCCAAGGAAAACAACCAAGGCAAAGGCGUGGCCCAAGCUGCUAGCGGAAUAUACUGUACAUUCCGCUAGCAUUAUGUACCACCUCGCCAGUUGA